AUGUCUCAAUACGACUUUAGUGAUAACACACCCGUUCAAAAAUAUCGGGUAGAGAAUAGAAAAGAUGUAAUAAUAGGAGAAAAAAGUUUUCAGUUAAACAGAUCGAAAAGCAAAUUUGUGUCUAUUGGGUUAAAGUACGGUGCGGAGUGUACACCAGUGAUAUCACUAUAUGGAAAUCAAGGACAACGAGUAGUAUUCACGGAAGAAGAUUGGAAAGAAUUUUUAUACUACCAAGGAGUAAUUACUAAUUAUCUGUACACGGUAGAAAGCAGUGAGUCUAUAAGAAGAAAAAGCUAUAGUAUAGAAUUUGAAAAGGUACUGGAAGCGAAAGUAAUAAAGAUAUCACAAAGUAACUCCUACAUUUAUUUAGGGUAUGAAACCAUCUGUAAAUUAUGGGAGGUGUUACCGCUUAUACAACAUCAUAUUAGCCAUUUGAAACAAGGAAAUUUCUCGGAAUAUUUAAAGAGUAUAUAUCCACGAUUACAAAACAACAAAGGUGAUUUUUAUGAAAACGUGUUAAGAAGUGUCAACGCAAACACUCAAGUUUGCUUUGAAGAUAUAAGUAAUAUUUUGGAAUUGGUGUACGUGUAUCCAGAAGCAUUAAAAGAUGUCUGCACAAACGGGAAAAAGAAAGCAACUCCCUUUAGAUCUAUUGUUCAUCCAGUUACCACUACAUCCAAUGUUAUCGAAUGUCAAGAUUGUUAUAAAAAAAUUUCUGGGAGAGGGCUAACAGGACAUUUACGUAGUAAUUCGCACAAAAGUGUUAUUAGUAAUGAUAGUGGGGUUGAGAAACUAUCAAGUGCGUUUAAAAAUCGUAUCGGUAGUUACCGCCUUUCUAGCAACAAACAUCAUACUGAUUACUUAGAAUUUUUUAGUGAAAUUGAAGGUAACGUUUUGAAGCUCCUACAUAACUAUUUACAUAAAUUUAAAGUGUUAAAAGUUAAUUUCGAACUUUACUCUAUGUACACAAUACCUGAAAAAGAUACUUAUGAUUUAAAAUCAUUUAAUACAAAAAAUCAGAUUAUUACUAUUUCUACUAAUUUGAAACAAGCAUAUCAAGAUUUUAUUAGGGAGAUAUUACCCAAGGUUUCGGAAAUACAAGAAAAGGAAUCUGGAUGGAGUCUUUUACAAAUCCAAUCAUUAGAAGUUAACAUUAAUAAGUACAACCCUCUACGAUCUUCUUCAUAUAUCAGGUUACCACGACAAAUCGAGAUGAAGAAAGCAAUUAUUAAUAUAACGAAUAAAGAUGAAGCAUGUUUUGGUUGGGCGGUAAACGCAUCAAUUUUUGACCCAACAGGUAAAUCCAAUCUUACUACUUCUUAUCCGCAUUAUACUAGUCUCUUAAAGUUCCAUAAUAUAGAAUUCCCUAUGAAACUCUCAGAUAUACCAAAAUUUGAAUUACUUAAUAAUAUUUCGAUUAACGUUUUUGGGAUUAGUGAAUGUUUUAAAAAUAAUAUCACACAAUUGGAAAUCGUUGGGCCGUUAUACCAUACAAAAUCUAAAAAAGCUACACAUGUUAACCUAUUACUUAUUUUUGAUGAGUACGGGAAUAGUCAUUAUUGUUACAUUAAAAAUUUAUCGCGGUUAAUAUCAAAACAAAAAUCACACCAUAAUGGUCAGACUUUUCUAUGCAAUGGUUGCUUACAAUUUUUCUCAUCCUUAGAACGUCUUCGCAAACAUGAAGAUAACGAUUGCAACUUUCUAUAUACUAAGCUUCCAACUACCAACAUGAUUCUCAAUAAAUAUGGACAUUUACAAAAAGAAAAUAUUUUACAAUUUUCCAACUUUCAGAAACAAAUGCAAGUUCCGUUUGUUAUAUAUGCUGAUUUUGAAAGUAUACUGCAACCGAUACAAUAUGCAACACCUUCUGAUAAUUCCUCGUUUACUGUCAAAACCUAUCAGCAUACACCAUAUUCAUUCGGUUUUUAUGUUAAAUGUUAUUUUGAUGACAGUUUAUCAGAACUUAUCAUUUAUCGCGGUGACAACGUGGUUGAGAAGUUUAUUCAAAAACUAGAAGAAAAAGUUUACACUAUUUAUCAUAAAUAUCUUAAAUAUAUUAAACCUAUGAAAAAACUCACGCCAGAAGAGGAAUUACAAUUUUUUACUAGUAAAUGUUGCCACAUUUGUGAUAAACCGUUCGAUAUUAACGAAAUUAAAGUCAGAGAUCAUUCACAUCUAACAGGGUUGUUUUCUGGCGCAGCGCAUAACGCUUGUAAUUUAAAUUACAAAUUACCUAAGUUCAUACCUGUUUUCAUGCAUAAUUUAACCAAUUACGAUUCACAUCUGUUUAUAACAAAAUUAGCUCAAAAUAACGAAAAAAUUGAUGUUAUUGCACAGACUAAAGAAAAAUAUAUAUCAUUCACCAAACUACUUUUAGUUGAUCGUGGUGAUUUAGAGCAAAAUAUAUAUUUAAAAUUAAGGUUUGUGGAUUCUUUCAGAUUUCUACCUCAUUCACUGGAUAAUUUAAGUAAAACCCUAAAUAAUAAUCAAUGUCUAGAGUUACAAAAAUAUUGUCGAUCAAAUGAAGAGUUCGGAUUGUUACGACAAAAAGGUGUUUUUCUUUAUUCAUACCUGGAUAACUUUUCAAAACUUGGUGAGGUAUCUUUACCCACACAAGAAGAAUUUUUCGAUAUUUUAAAAGGUGAAGGCAUUUCCGAUGAAAAGUACUUACGAGCUAAGCGAGUUUGGGAAGUUUUUAAUUGUAACACAUUAGGAGAGUACUCAGAUGUUUAUUUAAAAUCAGAUAUUUUAUUAUUAGCUGAUGUGUUCGAAAACUUUCGACGUAAUUGUUUAUUUAACUAUAAACUAGAUCCUGCUCAAUAUUUAACAGCUCCAUCACUUAGCUGGGAUGCUAUGUUGCGUAAAACUAAUGUUCAGCUUGAAUUAUUGACGGAUAUAGACAUGCUCCAUUUUUUUAAAAAGGGUAUACGUGGAGAUGAUGUAGAAAUCACUCAUUUUGAUUGUUUAUCAGUCGAUGAUGAAUCUCCAAAGGGGUAUGUCUUAGAAGUUAAUUUAGCUUAUCCUGAAACAUUACAUGAUUUCCAUAACGACUUACCGUUUUGUCCUGAAAAUCUGAUUCCUCCUAAUAGUAAAGAUCCCAAGCUUGUAUUAACGUUAUUACCGAAAAAUAAAUAUAUUAUCCAUUAUAGAAAUUUGAAACAGUGUACUGAACAAGGUUUAAAGAUAACUAAAAUUCAUCGAAUUCUAGAAUUUUCUCAAUCACCGUGGUUAAAACCUUAUAUUGAAUUAAACACAAAUUUACGUAAUUCUUCAAAUAAUGAAUUUGAUAAAAGUACAUAUAAAAAUUACACAAACUCCAUUUACGGGAAAACUAUGGAAAACGUUGAUAAGAGGGUUGAUAUUAAACUUUUAUCCCACUGGAAAAACUUGCCUGGAAGCGUCGGUGCUGAAGGGUUUAUUAGUAUGCCGAAUUUUCACUCUGUUUCAAUAUUUUCUGAUAAUUUAGUUGCAAUUCAAAUGAAUAUCCUAAAAAUAAUUUACGACAAACCGGUGUAUGUCGGUUUUUCAAUUUUAGAAAUAUCCAAAAUUCGUAUGUAUGAUUUUUUUUACAAUUACAUUAAAGCUAAAUAUGUAGAUAAUGCCUCACUUUUGUAUACCGACACUGAUUCAUUAAUUUUACACAUUCAAACAGAAAACGUUUACCGCGAUAUCAAAGAAAACCUUCAUUUAUUUGAUACAUCCAAUUACCCCGCCGAUAAUAUCUUUAAUAUACCAAAAACACCAUCAGUGGUUGGUAAAUUAAAGGAUGAGUUUAAAGGUAAACCAAUUAAAAAUUUUUGUGGUACUGGUGCCAAAGCUUAUUGUGUGACAUUAAGUAACAAUGAUAACCUUAAAAAAGCUAAGGGAAUUUCCAAAAACGUUAUAAAUAAAUCUUUAACAUUUACGGAUUAUAAACAAGUAGUUGAUAAUACUAAUGCGAAAAUUUAUCGUAAAAUGUAUACAUUUAAGUCACAUUUACAUGAAAUGUAUACUGAAUUAAAAAAUAAGGUUGCUUUAACUUCCCACGAUGAUAAGAGAUAUGUUAUACCCGGAACUAUUAAUACAUUAGCGUGGGGUCAUUACAAAAUAGAUACGUUUAUACCUAACCAACAACAACAAAAUCUCGAUUAUUUAAUCCAGCAAGCUAAACUACUUCUACCAGAAGCAAAAAAUGAUGGUGGGGAUGAAUUUUAUGUAGACAGUUUUGAAAUGGAUUUUUUAUCGUAG